AGUGGUGAGCGCAGCCGGCGUCGGGCCUCUACUGACCAGUGAGGACAGGUCCCAGCAAGUUAAGUCGGAUGACCCGUGUGGUUGCUAUGGAGACAUCUGUGAUGCCACACGCGCUCCCAGGAUCCCACAGGACGUAGAGCUUCCGAAGUUGGUCGUGUCCAGGGCUGUGCCGGGCAGCAGGUCCACGCUCAAGCCCCUGCUCCCCUCGACACCUUGCUCUAGGCAGAGAGGCGCACAGGGGCUAUCCGUGCAAGACACCCCCGUUCCUCCCGCCCUGCCCCAAGGAUGUUGCCGGUCGGCAGAGCCAGCCCUCCCGAGAAGCAGAGCACGGUGCCCAACCUGAUGGAGAAGGGCCUGAUGCUGCUCCAGUGCAUGGCCAGCCGGGACAACCUGGUCCCGGAGUGGAAGCUCCGCCGGAGACAGCAGUCCCUCAGCAAGUCGGCUCAGGCCAUCAGCCGCUUCUACAGGAAGAAGCAGGGCGAGUACAAGCAAGCCCCCAGCCCCGAGGACACCAGCUUCACGGCCAAACUGAAUGAGCUGAGAAAGGCGUUCCUCGAGCGCCCUGGCUGCCCUCAGUUCAGCACCAAGGCCACGUCCAUGUCUCAUUACGGCUCAGCCACCUCGGCCCAGGUGGCUGAGGAGUUGUGCACGGGCUCUGAUUCCUGGAAGGUGACCCAGGACCCGUCCUGCAGCCAGUGGGCCUCGGACACGAAGGUGGACGGGUACCUCCUUCCCUUUAGUAAGAGUGCCUGUGAGUUCAACUACUUGCGGAAGAGGAGCGAAUCCCAGACCAUGAGCCCGGUGCCCAGCAGCCCUGUCCUGGCGCGGAGUUACCCAAAGAGGCGGCUACCCUGGUACAUCUCGGUCAUCCACGAGAAGGAUCACUGCCUGCUGUCGCUGGGGGAGGAGGUGAAGCGCCUGUCCGAGCUGGAGCUGCGGCUGCGGAAGAAAGAGGAGGAGGUCCUGGCCCUCCAGGAGGAGAGGGAGGCCUUGAAGAGGCAGCUGAAGUGCCUCCUGAAAAGCGAGGGCCAGGAGACAUUUGUGUGCCGGCGCGUGAGGGACCCUGUGCCAAAGCCCGCUGGGAGGCUGAGCAUCCUGAAGACCUUCUUCAGAGAUGAGGAGUUGCUGCAGCGCUGGAGGCAGUGUCAGGCGGAGUCUGCCCUGAUCUGCCGAGGCAAGGACCUGGACAACAUUGGCGGCCAAGAGGAAGAGGCUGCAGGCGCGGAGGCAGAGGCAGCGGAGGACGAGGAAGGGAAGGGCCCAGCAGGCAGGAAGGGGGCUGCACCCAAGGAGGGGGGUGAGGAGCAGGAGCAGCUGGAGGAGGAGGAGGAGGUGGUGGAGGAGGAGGAGGAGGAGGAGGAGGAGGAGGAGGAGGAGCUGGAGCUGGAGCUGGAGGAGAAGGAGGAGGAGGAGGACCAGUGCAGGCGGAGCUCCCGCUCCCUGGAGGAGGCUUUUGAGCAGGAGCUGAUAGCCCAGCUGGAGGGGUACGAGCAGGUGAUCCAGGAGUUCCAGGCAGACCUGGAGAUCACCAGGACCAGAUACUCGCUCGCAACAGGGGCCAUCGCAUCUUUACAACGCCAAGUGGAUUUCCAGGAAGCCCGGCUGCAGACGCUGAGCACGGAGAAUGAGAGCCUGCGGAAGGAGCUCCGGGAGCGGAAGGAACAGCUACAGGCCAUGUCCAACAAGUUCUCCAACCUCAGGGAAGACAAGAAGCUCAAAGAGAUGACGGGCAUCAUCGAGAAGCACAACCUUCUUCUCCGCCAGCAAGUGUCGGAGCUGCAGAGCCAACUGGACAAGCAGGAGCGCGCCAUCGCGGAGUACGACGCCAAGGUCAGCCAGCUGCAGGCGCAGGUGAGCCAGAACCAGAACCACCUGCAGAGACGGAAGUGGCUGCAGGAGGAGAUGCUGAGCAAGAACGAACUGAUCCAGCAGGCCGAGCAGCAGGCGCGCGUGGCCCUGGAGAGCGCCCAGUCCCGGCUUGAGAGACUGAGAAACAAGAUCAUCCAGGCCACCUUCAGCACCUCCGGGGCCAAGUCUUUUGCUACUGAGAUCUCUGACAAUGACAUUCUAGAAGCUUUGCAGAGGAUCAUCUCUGAGAGAGCCGACUACUACAAUCAGCUCAAACAGAAAGGCGUCAGAGUGCCUCCCCUGCAGCAGACAGAGGCCCUGUCCUCCCUGAACAAGUCCAAGAAGACCACCUCCAAGUAGAUGCAGCCCGGGCCCCCAGACGCCGCCUGCCCGCCCAGCGGACCUGGGGACCCAGCUCAGGGCCACCCCUGUGUGGCCUGGCCUUUUCGCUUUAGAAUUAAACUCUGUCCUUGGCCAUGGA